ACAUCUGGGGGGAGAUCCAUGGAGGGCUGUGCACAGGAGAUGUCCUCGCAAUCUGACAGCUUUGGAGCAAGGAAGAGUGGGCAAAUAUUACCACCACACCAAGGUGUGCCACGCUAAUAGACUCCUGCCCAAAAAUACUCUUGGGGCCAAUUUUGGUUUUAUUACAGCAAUCUGUGCAAACCAAGCGCCACCAGAUUAUAGUGCGGGGGUUUUCUUCUCUUCCAAAGAUUUCAGUUUGUUUCGCAACUGAAUUGUUCACUUUAUAGGUCGCAUUAUGGGGAUUUUUUUGGAUCAGUUGUAUCAUCCUUUGGGGUCAGUUUUUGCACAAAAAAUAACUGGUGUCCAUGGAACUGAUAUAUGUGAACCCAUCCGUAAACUUCAUCUUAAAACAAACGCAAAGGAAGUGAAAGAAGAGCAGCCGGGAGGAAAUUACAAUAUAGAGAGAUGAAGCAAUACACAGUGAACGAACCAGAGGAAGCGGGGAGAGAACCUUCAGAGCGGAGGGAACACAGCACAGAGGGGCCGCAGUGGGGGCAUGGUAUAUACUUCACAAGGAUCUACAAUUCAUUCGUGAUCUCUACCCAGGAUUCAUCUCAGUGUCAGGAUGAGGCACAUAAAGCCCAGCAGCAUGACGGUCAGUCUUGUGGUUUUCCUCCCCCUACUAUGGAAAGGUAUCACAUGUCUUGCAGGUUAUUCUAUACGAGUGUCUCCUAGUGUCAGUGUCCAGGAGGGUCUCUGUCUCACCAUUCCUUGUACCUUCACUGCUAAUUAUAGAAAUACAUUCACUAAUUCCUUUGGAUACUGGAAACAGAUGCCGAUCAGUCCAGAUUAUAUUGUGGCCACUAAUGAUAAAUCCAGUGAGGUGAAGAAAACAAACUUCAAUCUGACGGGAAAUCCGGAUACUGGAGACUGCACCCUGACCAUAACUGGUGCCAGGAAAGAAGAUGAGGGGGAAUAUUUUUUUAGAUUUGAAGAAAGCAAAUAUAGUAAAGUGAAAUAUAGUUAUAACAGAGAAAUGAGAACAACUAUAACAGUACCUGAUCUCACAGAAGAACCGGUCAUCUCAGAUGUUGGGACACUGACUGCUGGUAUAGAUAAGACAGUGACCUGCGCUCCUCCUGGGGACUGUCAUGUGACCUCCUUCAUUUUCCAAUGGAAGAAGAGUGAUGUGUCCGGCAUCUGGAAGAAUUCAUCUACUGUAACAUUUACCCCAUCUCUAGAGGAUCACCAGAAAACCAUCACAUGUGAGAUGAGAAACUCAACUCAAAGAACUAUCCUUCUUGAUGUCUGCUGUCCCACAUCGGUUACAAUCACUUCAGAGAUUAAUGGAAAGAAAAAAAAAAAAUUAGACUCCUUCAAAGUGACUGAAGGCUCCUCAGUAAUAUUGAGAUGUUCAGUACAGAGUAACCUAACACUUAAUGUGACCUGGAUGGAUGAGAAGAACAAUGUUCUCCAGUGCGGGACUGAGAAAGACCUAGAACUGAGACUAGAGAACACGACGAUGAACCAGACCGGUACCUACACUUGUUCUGCAUUGACUGAACAUGUGAUAAAUAGCGCAAAUGUCAACAUAACUGUACAAUACCCUCCUAGAAUUAUGGAAAUCACCAUUCAUUCAUCCAACGGUACAGCACGUCCAGCAAGUCCUCAAGUGGAUAUUAAUCUAAAUGAAAAACUGACCCUGGUCUGCAGAGCGGAUGGUGACCCCCCCAGUACUGUGGUCUGGAUAAGGGGGAAAGAUGAAGGAAAUACAUCUAUAAUCAGUAACAAUGGAUUGUCGGCAGUGAUGAAUGUGACGUCCUCAAUGGCUGAUGUCUACCGGUGCUCGGCAUGGAACGCGCUUGGGCUCAGAGAACGACUUAUCAAAAUUGCCAUUAAGCAGGAUAAUUCAGGUUCUGCAAAUACCCAGAAGCCCAUUGAUUCGCAAAUUUCCUACCGGGAUAUAGCGAUUGCAUUCAUAUGUGGAAUCAUUAUCACCACUUUAAUUGUUCUGCUGUACAAGUUAAUUAAAAGAAAGAAAACGACAAAAAAGAAUACGUACCUGAAUGCAAAUGACAAUUCUGCUAAUGCGGAGCCGCAGACAGAUGACAUAUACGCAAAGGUCGGCAAUCCUGAACAAAAAGCCGAGGAGGAAACAUACAACAAUAUACAAGAUGAUUUACACAGCGUCAACUUGGAUCAAGACGACCUGCACUAUUCCACCGUCGCCUUUACGGAAAAACCCUCCAAAAUGCCAUCAAGUCAGCCAGAGACAGAAUAUGCCGAAAUAAAGAGAAAAUAGGCUGAGCCCAGAAAACUGUGUACCCCCCCCCCUUCAUAUUCUGUGUUAUUUUUGUCGUUUUUACAAAAUUGAAAUUUUAAUUAACUUAUACAGGAUAUUCCACCGUUUGGCCAUAUUUUCAGCCAACUAAAUGUACUCACAUACAGUAUGGCGCUGGAUUUACGUAUAGGCACCGAAGGCAGAUUUCUAUAGGAGGUGUUGAAAAAUGUGAGGCAGAUAGAGAAAAAAAAAAUACAGAGGUUCUUUCUUUACCCCUCAUCAUCGCUCAAAAAAUCCCGAAAUAUGUGUUACAAGAUGGAAAAGGGGGGAAAAGGGGAAAGCCAUUCCAUUGGGAGAUGUAUAUGUAAUGUGUGUCUGUGGGGCCACCUAGUGGUGGAGAUAUGAUUUUCAGCCUGUUGAGUGUUUUUAUAGCAUUUUACAAUAUUGUAUUGAACUUGUAUUAUGGGAAAUUGGAAUCCUUAAAGGGGUACUCCAC